AUGGCAGCUCUCAUUGGCGUCGACCUCAUCGAGACUGAAAUCAAAGCGUCUUUUGCCAAGCCCCGAAUGAAUCAGCAUACCGAUUUGAGCCGCGGCAUACAAUUUGGCGUGUGCAAAGCCCCCGACCUCCGUUGUAAUCGUGAGAUAUGCGGUGGAGGACAGUGUCACGAGCGCUCCUAUCCCUUCUUUGAACCGAUGAACUUCGCCUGUGACUGUUCCGCGUCGGACAAGACCUUCAGGGAGGGUGUAGAGGACAUUCGACGCUCCGAGGCAUGCAACCGCGACGCACCAAUUGUGGAUUUCGAUGGCGAGACCGUGGUGAUGAUUGACUUUGAGCGCCAGAUGAACACUUUGACAACACACACAGAUGACAUUAACCUUCAAUUUAAGACGGAGAGCCUCUACGCUCCACUGUUUGUGGCUGUAUCGACCGCAGAGAAGCAGUACUUCCGUGUGGAGCUUGAAAAUGGUCUCAUUAAAGUCAGCACCAACAUGAAUAAGGCCAGCAAACCGCCUCGGGAUGCUGAAUUUUUGUUGCAAAGUCCGCGUCUAAAUGACAAUAACUGGCACACUCUGAGAAUACGUCGCCGAGCUCAAUUCCUCUACAUUAGCGUGGACAAUGCGAGUGAGAAGAACGGAGUGUUGGUGGUAGAGAUCCCCAAGGGUGUCUUCAACAACAUCGCCCAACAGAUCUACGUGGGUGGUCUGAUGCCGGAGAACUACGCCUCCCCGCCCUACGGCAACAUGGCGGGUUUCUUGCCUAAAGGACCUAAGUUUGUUGGUGAGAUGCGCAACUUCUACUGGAAUCAGUACGACUUCUUUGGCACUCGGCAGUUGCCUACUCAUUACUCCACCGAUGUUCUCACGCCUCGCCUCGAGCUACCGACAUUCCCGAGUUGGCCACGAGAGCCCAUGUACUCUAUUACUUGCACCUCCAAGCUUAAUUGGGGCACCAUCCAGGUUCCCAUGAAGGCCAAGGAGGCUGGAGACAUGUGGCUUCUGGAAUUCAAGACCAAGUAUGACGGCGUUCUUGCCCACGCACGAGAUGAGAAUACGGGGUCGCACUUCACUUUGAUGAUACUGAAGGGUCGUCUACACCUCAUCUAUUCCAUUGGCGGAGUAACAGGCGUCCAUGAGAUAAUCAACAGUCCCAUCUCCGUUGCCGACAACCUCUGGCAUCGUGUCACCUUUGGUCUGGAUCGGGUCAAGGGUCGCUUUGUCAUCAUUGUCGAUGAUUCAGCUCCUGAGGCUGUCAUCAUUGCUGGAGCCGAGACGAUCAAGGUGUUUACUCUUGCACCAUACAUAUCACCACAAUUGGUACGUCUCGGUGUUGUGUGGUCAGUGUCUUCCACUCAAGGUCCUUCUGCUAUUUCCUUCACCUAUUUGUGCCCAGAUUUUGCUGAUCUGCAUGGCAUUUUACCAUCAGUAUCUGCUUUAUCAUUCCUCCUCCUUGCCGUCGUCAUUCUCUGUGCCCACUCGGCGGCUACCGGAAAAAAAAGAGGUGUUUUAAAGUCUUUUGGUGGAGUGCCAGGAAUUUGGAGCAAGAUUUUGGAAAUAAUUCGUCUGCAUGCACCCACUUCCCUGCCAAAUGGCUACGAGAGCAGUCCUCCAGCUCUCACCGGCUGCCUUGGCGGCUUCAGCACUCGCACAGAUCGCUUUUCGGUUGAUUUGUUGAAGAAGUACGAUGCACAGUUGGAGAGCUUUCCAAACGGAGAAAUUGUACGUGGAUACUGCCGAGGUGAGUUCACGAGGCCUUCCAGCGUUGCAAUCGAAGGGAGAAGCUGGAAGUGUAAAAAACCAAAAGUGACUCCUUCUGUAGGAAGUUAG